AUGAGUCGUAAGCCGGCCAAACCCCGUGCCUCUGCCGGCAAGACAUUUAUCGGCUCUGGCUCCAGCUCCUUCGGCGCCUUCUCGACCUCCUCUGGUACCGACCUCUCCUAUUUAGCCGAACCACCCGAUUUCUCUCCUAUAUCCGAUUCCAAUGUUAUCGUGUCCCUCAAGAACCUGCAGAAGAAGGAUGCUACCACCAAGGCAAAGGCCCUCGAGGAGCUGGUCGCCUACGCCCAAGCCCACCCGCACGAGCGAGAUGGUGGUGCGGAGGAACCUGUAUUAGAAGCGUGGGUCCAGCUAUACCCUCGCAUCUCGAUAGAUAAUUCCCGCCGCGUCCGCGAGCUGUCCCACGUCUUGCAAUUCGAGUUUAUGAAGUCCGCCCGCAAGCGUAUGGAGAAGCAUGUACCCAAGAUUGUCGGCUCUUGGCUUGCUGGUACGUUUGACAGGGACCGUGUCGUAGCUCGUGUGGCUACCGAGGGCCUAUCUUCGUUUCUUACGACCUCGGAGAAGGUGACACACUUCUGGAGGCGAUGCCAGCAGCAAAUCCUGGAUUACGCUUCCGAUGCGAUGAAAGAGACUACGGAAACGCUAAGCGAUAAACGGUCGACGAGCGCCGACGAUGCCGAGGCUAAGUAUUAUCGUGUCUUGGGCAGUAGCCUUGCGCUGGUCUUAAAUCUCCUACAGAAGCUCGAUCCCUCGGAUAUUCAAAAGUGUCUGGACUCUUACGACCAAUUCUUCGAGCAGGAUAAAGUCUGGGCAAGCGCAACGAUUAGCGAUGCUGCUGUUAGGCGGCUUGCGUGCCAGCUCCUGUCCACGUGCCUAGAGAAGCGAUCAGAUCGGGUUGAAGCGGACCUCCUUCGGCUUGGUAAGACGUUUGUCGCCGAGGGCUUGAAGUGUAGCCAAGCUGGCUCUGCCGCAGAUUAUAUCAGCACGUUGACUGAGCUUACCGCAAGACACCCGACGGUCUGGACUUCUGAUUACCGUGGCAAGAAGACGCCCACGUCGAGACUCAAGGGUUUUUUGGAAAAGGGUUCUCAAGGUACUACCUCGCAAUUCUGGCAUUCCCUCGACCGCAUGCUCGAAAUUAUACCCAGUGGCAUACUUCCGGAGGACCUUAGCGGAGCUCUGGAGUUUCUAGAAUCUAUGAGGUUAGGCUUGACUAGUAGAGAUGAGCCUCACAGCAAUGCCGUUGAUGGUUGGUCAACCUAUCUCAAUACUACUAAACGUUUCCUUAAAACGAUGCAAUCUGGUGAAGACCGAGGCAGGAUAGUUCAAGAUAACAUAUUCCCGCUUAUAACCCACUACCUCUACCCGACCCCGGAAACGUCAGCGUGGGCUUCGGGGAGCCACGUACCAAUCCUAAUUAAGGCGUACACCUCGACAGCAAUGUCGCCCUUCGCAGAUGUUGUGCAGAUGACGAGCGUCGUGUGGAACAAGUGGAAAGAGGAAUUUAAAACCCGCAUGCGCAAUUCGUUGCCGGAAGCAUCUAGAGAGCACGAAAGGUCCCAGAAAUCUGUAGCCGACGAAGGUUACAGAUGGUUUACUUUGACGGGAAUUAUAUCAGACGCUCAUGAGAGGACGCUUAAUACGGACCGCCCAAUCCCAAAUAUGCCGGCAAAGGAUUCCCUCGAGUUGCUCCAUGAGGCCCUUGAGCUGCUAGAAACUAGGAAUUGGAAACCCUUCGGAGCUGCCGCAACCGUGGAGUCGGCCUUCAAACAAUCCCCAGGCCUCUUCCGACACCCCUCGAAUGACACGAAUAAAGUAUUCGAGUUUUUAGCGGCCUUGUUGUCGAGGGGCAAGACCGAAUUUCUGCAGUCGAACGCAGGACCCUAUAUUUUCUCAAGCAUCAAUCUACUUGGCGGCAUUCCCGAACGACAACAAGAGUAUGAGACAAUUUGGAAGGAGAAUAUUACAAAUAUCCUCGAGCAUAUCGAAAGCCCUGCAGCCUUGCCGGCUCUGACAACGCUGAUAUCCACCGAACACGCCAGUCCUCUCGCCCAUCGGAUCCCCGCACUGCAGGGGGAAUUGGUAAAAUUAUGCCUCGUGUGUGCUGUUGACACCACAGAGCUAGGGUCGGAUUUCUUCAAUGCCGUGAUAGCAUUUGAUACGUUGACGGACGUCGCUUCGAAGCGACUGGUACGAGAACUUGGUAACCGUGUUACAAACAGCUUGGGACAGCCAAACGAAGGCGUAGUCAGAAGUUUACGUCUUAUAGCAGAGAAGAACCCGGGACUCUUAGUCAAGGAUGAAGAGGUUCACAUGAGCCUGAUGGCCAGCCUGCUGAGUUUGUCUGAACGAUUCCAUGACAUUUAUGAUGCCGCUACGCUUAGGGCAUUGAUGGAGGGCCCUCCAACCACCGGCAAUUCACGUUUACUCGGGUUGGUGCACCAAGGUAUCUCCAAUGCUGACCCGGGUUCACUCUCCGUUGAUACUCUUGUUCAGCAAGCUAUGCAAGUCUACGGUUCACUAAAUCCUUCCGAUACCGACACAGACCAAACGGAACAGCUCCGAUAUUUAAUACCGGAUGUGGAUGUGUGGGAGAGGGAAAUAAAUCUUCUCCUACAAGACACGCCGAAUCCGUCUCUCUCGAUAGCUAGUGUCCUUGGCGGGGCAUAUUUCCUCCCUACAUUAUCGCCAAAUACGUCCACUAUAUCCGUACAGAGGGACAGGAGUGGUUGCUCGAUUCCCGGCCGUAUGGCAUUGUACAUUUCCAAGCUUCUCUCCGCAGGAUUCCAGCUUCGUAUUUUACCAAUCUCGAAACGAGUGGAGAUUUUGCGGUACCUGAGUCUGACCGCAGAGCUUACGGCAGACCAGUUAACAGUUAUGAGUGGGAAUAAGAUAUGGACCUCACUUUCCUCCGAGGUUGCUCUAUCGGACGCCGAAGGUCUUAUCUCGUCCUCGCGAACGAUUAUCAUCAACAUGGCUGGUGGUGCUAGCGGCUGGAGAGAAGGUACCGAUUCGGACGAGUCACAAGUGAUCCACCGCGUCGUCAAUGCAUUUAUACAUGAAGCAAAGUCCCUAACACCGCAAGGCCUUUACUACGCGCGGGCCCUAAGCGAACUUCUCCGGGUAUUGGCAGAGACUCACGGCUUCCCAUCUAGCGGCGAACAAUGGCUAAAAGACCUGGAUAUCCUGAAGAGUGGCUCGUCGACGGUUCUUCCUGCUGUAGCAAUCCUGGGCGGCUUAGGAGAGACGAUAUCGGUCUCAAGAGUAAUCAGCAACUUCUGCAACCGGCUAGUCAGUGAUAUUUCCGGGGCGAGCUUCGGCAAAGAGAAAGAUCUCAUUACCCUUGUGCUUCUGAACGCAUGCAUGCAAAUAUACGAAGCCGGGGAACUACCUGCGGCCAAUAACCGAUUAGUAUUUGCGGCCAGGCAACUUACGUCGUGGAUGGAAACCCCUGAAGACCUCGACUAUCGAUUCGCCGCCGAGACUUGUCGAUGUCUCCAGUGCCUCCUCCCAUGCAUAAAAGACGUAUAUGGGUCUUAUUGGGAGAACACCAUAGACUUUUGCACAUACCUCUGGGCUAAGCCUGCAGUUCAACCCCUGGACCUCCGAUUACCCGAGAUUCACGCUUCCCUACGGUUGAUCAACGCGCUACAGUCAAUAGAGGACCCCAAUGACGAUCUUAUCGACAGCCUGAAAUCAUCGGCGGAGAAGAGAUCGACUGCGUUGAUUGAGCUUCUCAAGCUCCCCAGGGGAAAUGAAACCCAGCCUCUGGAGAUAGUAGACUCCAUCAUAUGCCGACAGGUCGAAAAUAUUCCCAUAGAACACGUACGGGAUCUCUCCGAGCUCUACGGGCUGGUUGCUAGUGAUUCGCGAGCCAUCCAAACAGCUGCGUUUACCAUCCUUCAUAAAUCGCUCCCUGCCGUCCAAGAGAAACUCGCAGUGGAUGUUCUCCUGGACAAGAAGGAUGCUCGGCUUCCCGACGAACUUUUAUCUCUUCUCCUCGAUGCGCCGAAGCUCGAGGAUUAUUCAGACGAAGCCCUCGCUCGUUUUCCAAAGGCAAUCCGCGCCUACCUCCUCUCCUGGCUUCUGGUUUUCGACUCUCUUAAGGCCGCAUCUUUCAAAAUACGUAGCGACUAUGCCGAAUGUCUCAAAGCAGGAAGCUACAUUGGACCCCUAAUGGAGUUCAUCUUCGACGUCUUGGGCCAUUCGGUAUCUCAUCCCUUAAACCUCGCCAAGGCAAACUUCACUGACGGCCACAUCCAAAAAUACGAUUUGAAGCUUGCGGAUGCCGAGUCCGACGAGAGAAACAUGCAGUGGUUGCUUAUCCAUAUAUUCUAUCUCGUGCUCAAGUACGUGCCUACUCUUUUCAAGACAUGGUACCUCGAAUGUCGAUUUAAGCAGACAAAGAUCGCCGUUUCGAGCUGGAUGACGAAGUACUUCUCCCCGAUAAUCGUAUUGGAAGCUCUGGACGACGUCGAAAAAUGGAACGCAGCUCGGGAAGCCCCCACGGGCGACGAAAAGGAGUUGGUCGUUCGGGUCAGCCGCCCCGCGAGGGAGGUCACGGCUAGCUACGAAGUAGACGACCUGGACGCCAUGAUCGCGAUACGGAUCCCGCAUGAAUACCCUCUGGAGAGCCCCACGGUGUUAGGGGUGAACCGCGUCGCGGUCAAUGAGAAGAGGUGGCAGAGCUGGAUCAUGACGACCCAAGGAGUAAUCACAUUUUCGGGAGGGAGCAUCAUCGACGGCUUGACAACGUUCCGGCGCAAUAUCGUCGGCGCGAUGAAGGGGCAGACGGAGUGCGCGAUUUGCUACAGCAUCAUCAGCACCGACCGGAAGAUGCCAGACAAGCGCUGCCAGACGUGCAAGAACCUCUUCCACCGCACGUGUCUGUACAAGUGGUUCCAGAGCAGCAACCAGAACACGUGCCCGCUCUGCCGCAACCCGAUCGACUACCUAGGCGCCGACGUGAGGGCGAGGAGGGCCGUCUGA